AUGACGAACCCCAGAAAGAAGGACCGUGUGCAAGGAAGGCGAAGAGAGAAGAACGUCUCAGUGAGUGGCGUCCAGGGACGGCUGAAGACUGAUGACACUGAGCCUGCCAAUCGAGCCUCGCUGCUUCUCACCUCCACAGCACUGCCAGUCACAUACGUCACCUCCCACGGGGAUGUCGGUGCUCCUCUCGUGCGACUGACACCCCCCCGCCGGGGGCCAACGCUGGCCCCGCUCUCCGCCCGCGGAGCGCCAGCGGGGCCGAAGUCUGGGAUUAGAGGGGUGACCCUCCCCGGGCGCGGGGAAAGACUGCCGGGCACCGCUGCCCUCAAGGUCACCAGGCGCCGAGGCAGGGGCGGCCGGCCGCAGGAUGGGCUACGGGCCCUGGGCGGGGACUCCCGGCCGGACCCCGCGCCAAGGCUCACGCCGAGAAACCCGCUCACCUUUACGAUCUCUCUGGGCGGGCGCGGUGCUCCCACCUGCGAAGGGGCCCCCCGCACGCCCCGCCAACUUCGCUCCAGAAUCCGCGCAGACCGCGGAACACCCACUUGUCAGGACCCCCGCCGCGACGCCCCGACCUCCGCGUUCCGCCCGGCCUCCCCCGCAGGUGACCUGCCCCGCCGCCCCCGCCGCGAGCAGGCGGCGGCCGCCACUCACCUCGCCCGGCAGCAGGAACCAUUUUCCGAGGGGGAAAGAAAGGGGAGGCUGCGAGAGGGUCGGGGGAAGGGGACGGUGAGCACAGCGGCCAACGCAGAGAACCGGGACUCCGCCGGUGCGCAGGCGGCUCGCAGGACUCCGGGCGCCACGCGGAGGUUCGGCGGCACCUCGAGGAUGAAGCGGCCGUGGAGCCACAACCUCGGCGUCCACCAGCCGGGGCUCCCUACUCACGCUGCACUAGCCCGGCAGCAGCCGAGUGGCCGCCCGCGUCCCCGCAGGACCCGCCUCCUGGGCUCCGCAGAGCCGCACACAGGGCGCGCCGCGCUCAGCACGGGCAGUUCUGCCGGCCUCACGCCGCCGUCCGCAACGGCGGCCGCGGGCAGGGUGCAGCCCCCUCUGGGAGCCCGGCAGUCCGACCUGCACGAGGCGGGGCCCGCGGCCCCCGGGGAGUGGACGGCCGAGCACGAGGGGGCUGCGAGAAGCUUCAGGCAGGGGCCCCGUCUGCACCGGGUGGCGCGAAAGAUUGCCGGGGGAGCAGGGGAAGGAGAACUCUCACCCGUUCCGGUCCGGCGCUCCCUUCUCUCCACACCCUCUCGCCUCCAGCUCCACGCUGGCGGCACAGCUGCUGCCACUGCCGCCGCCGCCGCCGCCGAAGCUAGCGCCGCCGCCGCCGCCGCAGCCCUGGCUAGGCGCGGUCACGUGACGCGGCCCGCGGGGAGCCUGGGGGCGGGCAGACGCGCGCGCGGGAGGAAGCGCGGCUCGAACGGGGACUGGGAACCCAGCGACGCGGAGAGGGCGUUUAAGGGGAGGACCCGGCGAGCUCGCUCCCGGCUGGCGAGCGCGUACGCGGCAACUAGAGCUUGCCGCGCGGUGGCGAAAGGGUGUGAGGGGCGGGGGACUCGCGCCUCCGCGCACCCCUCCCGCUCUUCCUUCGCCCGGCGCCUCGGCCGGCCGCUUCCCCCGCCCCCUCCUGUUCGCCUCUUUCCUCCAGCCGCUGCCAGCGAUUGGCUGAGAGGCUCUGACGUCCGUGUUUCCAUGACGUAUCGGGGCAGGGGGGCGGAGGGGGAGGAGGGGGUGGAUCGGGCGCGCCGGGCGGUGACUCCGUCAGUCACAGCUGCAGUUUCAGCGCGGGUCGCGGCGUCGCCCGCGGCUCCGGACGCCGAGAGCGAUGACUGCCGCAGGCGGACUCCGGCGCCUUCACCUGGAGCCGAGCCCGAGCCACCCCCAGCCAGCGCCCCUUCAAGCCCAGGAGCCAGGCGGGCUGGGGCAAGCUCUCUGGGCGUGCAUAGGUUAAGGCUUGCGCCCGCGUCCGCUGACCCUUGAGCACCUCCUCGCCGCUUCUCUGCUCCACUCAGUACCGGACUCGGUGCCUGUCCCGGGCCGUGACGCAGGCGCCAGACGACAAAAGUGCCUCCCAGCUCUUUCCCUCCUUGGGCAGGGCCGCGCAGACCCCGCUCCGGGCGCCCCUCUCUCGCUUCCUGCGGGUCGGGCCCGUAAGACGCCGGGGGUCCCAGUUGCAGCGCCCAAAGGGUUAACGCGUUCGGCGGAUGCAAACUGGCCUGUCAGGAUCUGCGCUCCGAGCACCCGUGUUUUCGUUUAGGGUUUGCCCUUUCUACCUAUGCCAAGCCAUUGGCUCAUUUGUAGCAUCUUGACCCAACACCCUUCUUUCGUGGGAGGGAAAGGAAAAUGAAAAAAAAAAAAAAAAAAAAACACGGGGUAAUAAAUAAUAAUAAACAAGGUAACCUGACUGGCCCCAACCUUCAAGAGAUUUUGCAAGUUAAUAAAAAAGAAACCACUGUGAUGACAUCUUUAAAAAUAAAACGGUUUUUCCUUCCUACUUAACACAUGCACACGUGUAUUGGUGUCUUACCUAAGACACUGCUCCAUCUUCAUCUAACCGCCUGUUUCAAGUAACCCUCGCAGCUCCUUUGGAGACCGUGUCAGUGUGAUUUUCAGUACCACUUAAAACAAAAAGAGGUUUGCAGAGUCUUCCUCCUUUCUCUUAACUCCAGGACUGGAAAAAUUAAUGUUUGUAACAUCUUCCUGAAAGCAGACAGGCGAUGUGAAGGACUUUAUUAUGAACGUUCACUCUGGUAGGGUUUAUAUUAAAAUAUUU